UCAUUCAUUUUAUUAAGAGACAUCUACAUUAAAAAUGUUGUCAUUUUCAAAAACUGUUUCUUCAGAAAAGAAGUGACAAGUUGCUUUCUGCUUGGAUCCCCCCAAUAAAAUCUAUGGUGGGGUGAGGGUUAUUUAAAACUAUAUUAAAGAUCCAAAUAUAAUUCCACAGCAAACUUUGCAUGACAGAUUCCAUGAAACUUGGUAAGAAAAAUAUAUAUACACUUUUGAGAAUAUGGGCGCCAUUCCAGCUCCUACAGCUUUCCCAGAGCCCUGAAUAAGUAUACUGUUCAUUCAGGAGCCCAGAAAAGGUUGCCACCCUGCUCUGGCGGAAGAGGAAGCCUGAGUGCUCCAGUCACAAUACACUGGCCGCAGGAUCAGCUCAUUUGGAUUUCCCACUUUGCUGCUUUCUGUACCGUGUGAUCAACCAGUCACAUGGUGUUUUGACGUCACCAGAGUCCUUCUGCUACCGAGCUAAGCAAGACGGAAGAGCUUGUGACUGAAGGAUGACGAUGAUCAUGUGACAGGAGUGGGCGGAGCUCAGCAGUAGGAGAGCGUGAAAGGGUCAUAAAAAAAAAAAAAUUUAAAAUAAAUUGGAGUGGAGGUCACAUGUUUAGACUAGAGCUCCACUCUGCAGCCAGACCCUAUGCGAAUGACAAGCCUCAGACCGAUGACAUCACAUUCAGCCAAUCAGAGCAUGUUUAGAGGGCGUGUCCUGAGCCCACCGAGGGUUGCUUCCUGGAAAGGUCAAAGCUGCCGGUGGUUGUUAUCGGGAAAAAGAUUACCACGUGACCGGAUCUGAGACAGAAAUGUCACCUGCGGGGAGAAGGCUCGUCACUAACACGGGUGACAGGGGACAGUCCCUACGGAUCUUUAUUGACUUUCACUAAAUGGGAACAUCCCCAUUUACAUCCACAAGCUGAAAAUUGACUACAAUUGUAUGGAGUCCAGGAGCCGCCGGCAGAGGAAUAUCUACACCAAUGUUCCCCAACCAGUGUGCCUCCAGCUGUUGCAAAACUAAAACUUCCAGAAUGCCCAGACAGCCAAAGCCUGCUGGUAGUUGCAGUUUUGCAACAGCUGGAGGCACACCGGUUGGGAAACACUGAUGUAGGCUGCUAACAAUUCUCUUUUCUAGGUAUUGUGAUGACUGUAGGAGUUCACCGCUGACCUAUUUGUAUUGUAUUUGUGUCAUUGCUUGUAUCCAUCUCUAAACAAGUGACAAGUCUAAGUUCCCGAAAAAGACAUGACUGGAAGUAGCCAUCUCUUUCCUUUCUGUCCCGAAGCUGUUAGCAUCCCAGCCUGACCCUCUUCUCUGCAUCCUGUACAAAGACCUCGGCCAUCAGAAUGAAUCUUAUAGUGGCAAAGCUUCUGUGCUUGGUGACAGUGUUUGUGCUGAUGAUGUUGGGUUCUCUGCUGCCUGUCAAGAUUAUUGAGGCCGACGGUGAGAAGGCUUCUCGCUCUCAUAGGAUUCUUGCCUUGUGCAAUUCUUUUGCUGGAGGUGUAUUCUUGGCUACUUGUUUUAAUGCACUUCUACCUGCAGUGAGAGAAAAGUUGGAGGAGGUUCUGAAGAUAGGGAACAUCAAUACUGAUUACCCACUAGCAGAGACUAUAAUGCUGGUUGGAUUUUUCCUUACAGUCUUUGUGGAACAAGCUAUUCUAACAUUCCGGAAAGAGAAGCCUUCUUUCAUUGACAUGGAAACGUUUAAUGCAGGAUCUGACGCGGGCAGCGACUCUGAAUAUGAAAGCCCCUUCAUAUCUUCUAACAGAGGCCAUAAUUUAUAUGAAGUUGGCCACAGUCACCACUCUCAUGGCCUAAAUAUUCAAGAGCUGUCCAAUUCAAGUCCUCUUCGACUCUUCAGCCUGGUGUUUGCACUCUCUGCCCACUCCAUCUUUGAGGGCCUAGCACUUGGCCUACAGGAGGAGGGUGAUAAAGUGCUAAGCCUGUUCAUUGGGGUUGUUAUUCAUGAAACAUUGGUUGCAGUUGCACUUGGAGUCAGCAUGGCGAAGAUAAAUAUACUGCUUCGAAAUGCAGCUAAGAUGGCUGUUCUAGUGAGCAUCAUGAUUCCCAUUGGUAUAGCCAUUGGAAUGGCAAUUCAGAGUGCCCAGAAUCUGGCCAGCAGUAUUGCCUCUGCUUUGCUACAGGGAAUUGCAGGAGGAACAUUCCUGUUUGUUACGUUUUUUGAAAUUUUGGUAAAGGAACUGGAGGAUAAGCAUGACCGCCUACUGAAAGUCCUUUUCUUGGUUCUUGGAUACACUGUUCUUGCGGUACUUGUCUUUUUCAAAUGGUAACCGUGGAUGGAAAGUAGUUCUAGAAAAUUAUUUAUAUGUGUACAUUCCUUAGAUGAAAUUUAUCAUAAAGUUGGUCCUCGUUUUUUUUUUAUUUAAGAAUCUAUUUGUAGCAUUUAGGCAUUUGUUUUAUUCAUUUCUUUGACUUUAAAGGACAUGUAUUUAUUAACUCAUAAAUAUGUAGGCUAUCGUCAUGUGUUCCUAAAUAACAUAGUUAAUAAAAGCGGCUGUUAUUGUACAUAAAGGGGAGAUUUAUCAAAACCUGUCCAGAGGAAAAGUUGCUGAGUUGCCCAUAGCAACCAAUCAGAUUACUACUUUCAUUUUUGAAAAUGCCUCUGCAAAAUAAAAGUGAUCUGAUUGGUUGCUUUUUGCAACUUAGCAACUUUUCCUCUGGACAGUUUUUAAUCUCCCCCAAAAUAUAUAAAGCAAAAUAUUUUAGGGUGUUUCAACAGGUUGUCCAGGGACUCAUUUUUGUGUGUGAAAAAUGUAUGAAAUUUGCGCUCUUCUAUCAAUAGCCGGACAUUUUCACAUGAAACUUAGUCCCCAGACAACUUCUUUAGACUUUUAACAUCUGUCUGGUCAUACAUUGUUUUUUUUUUUUUUUUUUACCUUUGUACAGCAAGUGCCCAUUUGGAAUCUGAAGAGUCUUCUUUUUGUGGUCCCCCAGGUCUAGCGUUUCCGUAAGAAAUGGAUGACGUUCGUCUCACAAUCCUUUACGGCUCGAGGCAGCAGCCGGUAUCAGGGGGCUUGGCUAUUUCUUGUAUUUCCUCGCAAGCCAGCCCCCUGAUGACAUUUGUGGUCCAUCUGCAAGUCCAGACGUGCCCUGCGUUCUCACAUUCCGCAGAUUGCUGAGAUCACGGGACACCGGCACGUCGGGACGUACAGAUGGAACGUAAACGUCAUCAGGGAAAUAGCCAAGCCCCCUGAUACCAGCUGCAGCCUCAAGCCGCAAAGGAAUGAACGUCAUCAGGACCUGAAAGGAAACACUAGACCUGGGGGGACCAUAUAAUGAUGAAAAAGAAGACUGUCCACGGACAUAUUAAAAAUAUAUUGAGUAAUUUCCUUUGACCUGUAGUGAGGACUAGAUAUAAUUUUCAAACUGUUGAGGCUCUCAUCUGUGAAAGAUAGAAAACCCCUGCUACAGUCUCUAGCCUAAACCCAAAAGUCCCCUAAGUGUAUUACACUUAAAAUCACUACUUCUAGCGAUAUAUUCAUUAGUUUAAAGGAAUUAUCAGAUGAAAUAAUUUUUAUUUUUUAAUUUCUUUCUUUCUUUCUUUUUUUUGGGCAGCCCUCCCCCUGCCCUGCCUUUAAUAGCUGUACAGCUAAAAGGCCGAGUGAAGGCAAGGCCUAAUAGAUUCCCUGUAAGUUUUACUGACAGGCAAUACUGCUUUGGUGUACUGAGUGUCACAUAACAUUACAUAAGCAGUCAGAAGAUCGCAUUGUAACAUUUUCUAGUACAAAAAAAAAAGAAAAGAAAAAUGCUCGCAAUUGUAAAACAAAUGUUUGAGCUUCAAAAUUGUAAUCUGUGUGUUCAGACCAUGACUGAUCAUUAGAACCUGUGGAAAAAAGCACACUGUUGAGCACUGCCACUCCCUAUGUGCAUGUGCUACAUGAUGACCCCAUAGUUAAAUUAUGAGGCCACCUUAGCCGUCACAGAGUCGGGAGAUACCAUGCUUGGCACAGACAUGUCAAGUAUUUUGAAAACUCAGUGACCAUUUAAAAGGGGAACUUUUUAUAUAUUUUUUUAAUCAACUGGUUCCAGAAAGUUAAA